AUGGCUUUGCUUUCGAUUCAUAAAUUAUAUGGAGAUCCUAGAGGUAGAGGAUCUUAAAUAGUCCCUUGGGAGUAAUUUAUAGUUUGGAGAUUAAGUAUAAUCGCACGAUAAUAAUAGAAAAUUCACGAUGCUGAAUAUUUAGAGGAAAUAUUUGAUUAAAAAAAAGAUAAUAAUAAUAAUAUAGAAAAAUAAGGUAAUACUAAUAAUUUUAUGUUUCCUCAUUGGGUUGAAACAUUGAAAUUUUUCGAUGAAAAUAAAAAUAAUGAGAAUGAUAAAACUGAAGCAAGUUCAUAUUCUAAAUUCGAAAAAAAUAAACCAAUAAAUUAAUCUGGAAACAUAGUUUAAAUUCUAGAAAAAGACUCAUCUACAUUUUCUAAAAAAGACGCCAUAGGUGUCCUUUAUUCAUGGGGUUAAAAUACUGAAGGUUAAAUGGGAAAUGUCUAUGAUCCCAAAACCAAUAACCCAAAACAUCGCAAAAUAAAAAUUAAUUUUCCCAAAUUAGUCUAUCCGUUAAAAGAUUCAAUUAUAAUUUAAGUUUCUUGUGGUUAUUAACAUAGUGUGGCUAUUACUUUUAAUGGAAAUGUACUUGUCUGGGGAGAUAAUAGUAGUUCUUAAUUAGGUUUAGGUAUAAAUAGUCCAAAUUCUAUAUAUUAUCCAGUAUAAAUACCUAAUAUUUAAAAUAUUAUCAAUGUUUCAUGCGGAUCAGAACAUACUUUAGCUUUAGAUAAUAGAAAUUAAGUUUAUAGUUGGGGAAACGGUGAAGGUGGGCUUUUAGGUCAUAGUAAUGAAGAAAUAUAAGCUUCACCAAAAAUAAUAGAUAAAUUUUAAGAUUUAUAGGUUGAAUUUAUUAUUUGUGGUGGGUUACAUUCACUUGCUCUUACAAAAAAAGGACAUGUUUAUAGUUGGGGAAGAAAUGAAGGAGGAUAAUUAGGUUUAAAUUAAGAUGUUUUGAAAGAUAAUUUAUACUUCUGUUGCCUUCCUGAGAAGAUAUGUGGAUAAUUAGAAGGCGUUUUUGUCAAAUAAAUUGCAGCAGGAGAUGCUCAUUCACUUGCUUUGGCUUAAAAUGGACAGGUUUUUGGAUGGGGAUAUAAUAUUAAUGGAUAAUUGGGAUUAGGAUAAUAAUAAAGUGAUAAAUAAGUUAGUGAACCUAAAUAAAUUAAGAAUUUAUAGAAAAUAGAAAAAGUAUUUUGUUGUGGUUUAAAUGAUUAAAAUCAAUUAGGAAUUGAAAAGCUACCUAUAAAAAUAUAAAACACACAUAACUAAUCUAUAUUAAAUCAAAAUAUAAAUAUAAUAGAUUAAUAUAAAGCAAAUGAUAAUAGUAAAAAUAAUAACAAUAUAUAUAUACCAAAAAGAAUGGAUUGUUUUUAUUAAAUGCCUGUAUUGCAUUUAUCUUGUGGACAUAAUCAUUCUUUAGCUUUCGUUUUAGCAGAUACAAAACACUAUAUGGUAUUUGCUUGGGGAAUGAAUAAACAUGGCUAAUUAGGAAUAGGAGAUACAGGAUAAAAUAGUUCAAUGGCCCGUCCUAUUACUUAUUUAUAAGAUAUAAUAGCUUAUAGUAUGGCCUGUGGAUCUUAUCAUUCGCUUUUAAUAAUUAACGAUAUUACUAGAAUAAUUAAAAAAGAUGUUGUAAAAAAUUUAAAGUAAAAUGUUGAAAAAUAUGAUUCCUAUUGGAAUUUUUGCUCUAGUGAUGAUAAAUUAAAUUCUAAGCUAUCAUUAGAUAUAUCUUCUUUGUUGUAUAAUUAAGAAAAUAUUAUUCCUUCGGAUGAAGGUUAGAUUGAAAAUCCGAAACAUAUAAAAAAAUAAAAUUAAUUUUAUUGCUUAGGACCUUAGUUUUAAUGA